AUUCAUUACGUUUAGUGCAAGGUCAAAGAGUUUAUAACUGAGUUAUAAAGUAGGAAACGACACCGUUCAACAGAAACCGACAUUGACCUGACAGUUUCUUACGCCGGCGAGCGAACUCGACGAAGAAGACAACUUCCUUUUGUUGCACCUGUGAGUCUGCGACCAUGGCUAUGCAAUCUGGUAUUGGGUUAUCGAAGAUUUUGAUUCUAGCUGGAGCAGGUUAUACUAGUACGAUUCUGGUUAAGAAUGGGAAGAUGGCAGAUAUUUUGGGUGAGCUUCAGGCUUUGGUUAAGCGAUUUGAGAAAUCUGGAGAUCAUGUAGAUGAUGAUUCUGAUGCCAUGACUACUCAGAUGCAACGAUUAGCAAUGGAGGUUCGGCAAUUGGCUUCGUCGCGGCAGAUAACUGUUAUGAAUGGAGCUCAGGGAGCUGAUUUUACACCGUUUAUUGUCCCGGCAGCGACAUUGGGAGCAUUAGGCUAUGGCUAUAUGUGGUUCAAGGGAAUUUCAUUCUCUGAUAUCAUGUGUGUAACGAAGCGGAACAUGGAAAAUGCAGUGUCGAACUUGACCAAGCAUUUGGAUACCGUUUCAGAAGCUAUUUUGAAUGCUAAGAAGCACCUGAGCCAGCGGCUUCAGAAGGUGGACGAUAAGCUAGACUUGCAGAAAGAUCUCUUAAAGGGAGUCCAGGAUAAUGUGGGUUUGGCUCUUGAGGAUCUUGCUAACAUUGGAGAUGAUUUUGACGCAAUGCAUAGCAUCUUUGGUGGUAUGGGUGGGAAAUUAGAUAGCAUUGAGUACAAGCAGAAUAUUGCGAACAUGGGUUUGAUAUAUCUGUGCGACUCUUUGGGUGGAGAAAAUCACAAGAUGCCGGAUAUAUUGAUGCAGGAGAAGCUUCGGCUUUCAGGGAAGUCAAACACAUGUAUAGUACUUACAACCGAAGAAACUUCAAGCUCAGAGGGUUUAAAAGAAAGCGAUAAGAUACAGCUACUAGAUGACUGCUAAUUCAAAUGGUGCCAAUAUAUCAUCAAGCAAGAAGCCACGAGUCUGAUAGCAUUGACGAGAAUGACCCUGGAUUUGGAUAGAAAGAAGGUAUAGGAUUAAUAGGAGUGAUUAUUAUGUAUUGGUAUUUAGAAUAGUGUGUCCUUUGAGGCAAGUAAGAAGAUUGAGAAAAAUAAAAAGAAUGUGCUUUUUUUUUCCUUCAAUUUUUUCGCAUCCAACAAAAAAUGAAACCUAUAUUUUUUCUAAUAAUAUACUGCAUUAUGCACAAUUUGUUACAAACACCAUCCACAACACAUACAAUUCUUUUUGUCUUUUUUUUUUUGUUUGUUACCAUAACACAUGAACACACACGCACAAGCUUUUCUCAGCAGGACUUGCCAGGUUUGCAGCCAAGCGUACCAGCAUCCUUGGUAAGUCUUCUGACCUUUGUUCCUGGCUGUGGCCGGAUUGCAAACUUUCUAGGGAUUGGAUUUUUUGGGGUUGCGCUCCACGCGUUCGCCUUUCCUGAUUGCACAAAGUAAGCUCCAUUCAAGAAAUAAUCUUUCUCUGAUUGCCAGUUCCAUGAUUUCCAUUCAGGAUAAGGUGUGUACUCUCU